AUGGGAAAGGAAGAGGCGACCAUGACAGAUCGGGGAGGAGGAGAGCUCCCAGGAAGAGUAGAACGAAGAGGAAACACACAGAUGACAGACGGGGAUGAACCUGCUAAUCACGAAAAAGAUGAAGAACAUGAUCCACAGUGUAAAUUUCUCCUAAAUUCCAGAGUAAAAGUAGUUGCAAACAAAAUGAAGUAA